GCUCUCGUCAAAAUUGAUUCACCAACGCUUGAGAAUGUUUCGGGUGUAAGCAACGCAAAUGAAAGCGUUUGCCUUAGCUCAAAACAAAAGGGUGGUGGAGAACACACAAAAAUAGCAAGCUCAGUUAAAGAGUUGGGUCGUAGGUACUCAAAGGCAGUUGGGGCAAGGCCGGAAGGAAGUAACCAAAUAGCAAUGUCGGAAACUAUUUCGUGUGAUCAACAAAUUUUGUUAAAAGGGCACUCCUCUCAGUACUUAAAACUGAAUGUUGGUGGUCGCUUGUAUUAUACCACAAUUGGAACAUUGACCAAAAAUAAUGACACAAUGUUGAGCGCGAUGUUUAGCGGUAGGAUGGAGGUGCUGACUGAUUCUGAAGGAUGGAUUUUAAUCGACCGCUGUGGAAACCAUUUUGGCAUCAUACUUAAUUUUUUACGAGAUGGCACUGUUCCGUUACCCGAAACUAACAAAGAAAUCGCAGAACUGCUUGCUGAAGCCAAAUAUUAUUGCAUCACGGAACUGGCCAUGUCUUGUGAAAGAGCGCUAUAUGCUCACCAGGAACCGAAGCCAAUUUGUCGCAUUCCUUUAAUAACUUCGCAAAAGGAAGAACAACUUUUAAUUAGUGUCUCUUCAAAGCCUGCUGUUAUUCUUGUGGUACAGCGUCAGAAUAACAAGUAUUCGUACACAAGUACUUCAGAUGAUAACCUACUAAAAAAUAUUGAACUUUUUGAUAAACUAUCUUUGCGUUUCAACGAACGAAUAUUGUUCAUUAAAGACGUAAUUGGGCCAAGUGAAAUCUGCUGCUGGUCUUUUUAUGGACACGGCAAAAAAGUAGCGGAAGUAUGUUGCACUUCAAUAGUAUAUGCAACUGAUAGAAAGCAUACUAAAGUUGAAUUUCCGGAAGCUCGUAUAUACGAAGAAACUCUUCAGAUUUUACUUUAUGAAAAUCGAAAUGCGCCCGAUCAAGAGCUCAUGCAGGCAACGUCUUCAGCACGAGUAGGAAGUGUUAGCGGAACCAGCAUGCAUCAAUAUACAAGCGACGAGGAAGAAGAACGCACUGGACUGGCACGAUUACGAUCCAAUAAGCGUAAUAACCCAUCUUGACUUACCUUAAAGUUGUCGAUUACAUAGAUACAUAUGUAUGAUAUUUUAGUCUCCCGAAAAUUAAUUCCAGAAUUGGUAAAAUUAUUAUUAUAAAGUGUUCGACUAUAAUGUAAAAUUUACAGACCAACUUAAACUUAGCUAUAGGUACCGUCCCUAAGCUAAAAAAUUAAAUUCUUCAUUAUUUUAAACAGCUAAAUUAAACUAUCAAUAUCACGUAACAACAAAUUUUUUACUUAAUUUCUUUCUUACAAUUACUAAUUUUAAGCUUAAUCUAAAUUUCAUUGAUUAUAUUUUUAAGAUAU